AUGACACGCAACCUUGCAAAAGUACGCUUUCUUUUGACCCUCGUUCUCUGUGUCCUGCCACGGGCAGCUAUCAGAAUAUCGGCGGCUAUUUUUCGUGCGUUCUGGAAGGGAUUGCCGCUAGGAUCGUCCAUGUGGAAUGGGUUUGCUGGCGCCCUGAUCACCAACACACCCCCAGACCAGUUGCAAGCAGUCCUGCCAUCUACGCUAAAGACAUACGAAUCAUGGGUUCUAUCUCGUGGGGUUAGUCGUGCGGUGGAUGUCUUAGCAGCGGACAAUAGCACUCGUCUGCUUUGGAUAGGGCCAAGUAUAUCGGCGAAGGUACUUCUUUUCUUUCACGGUGGCGGAUACGUGCUGCCACUUUCUGAAGCGCACCUAGACUGGAUGGCAUAUCUACGGAACGAGGCAGCCAACGCUGGGGUGGAUAUGAGUGUGUGCAUUCUGGAAUAUGACUUGAUACCAACCAACCCAUAUCCCAGACAGUUGAAACAGGCAAUCUUCGCAAUACAGCGCCUAUUGGUUUCCGGGUAUAGACCUUCUGAUAUUGUCUUCGGAGGAGACUCCGCUGGAGGCCACCUGUCGCUUUCCCUCAUGGCCCAUCUCCACCGUCACUAUCAAUCCAAUGAGGUGAAAAAGAAUCUCAUUCACCUACAGAGCCCUGUUAAGGGAUGUUUCCUUGUAUCACCGCUAUCAUCCUUCGACUUCAGUACACCUUCCUACCAAAGGUGGUUCAGUGCCGAUAUUCUUACUCGCAAAGUUGUAGAUGAAUGGGGACGCUAUCUUGUCAAUAACUCUCCCUGGCACGAAGAGAUUUCUGCUGGAUAUGGCUGGGGAAUGGCCCUGGAUGUUCCAGAUAGCUGGUGGGAUGGUUUUACGGCUGUAGAUAGUAUCCUUGUGACCGGCGGCUACGAAGAGGUGUUCAGCGAUCAUAUUCAGCUGUUGGGUGAGACUUUGAAGACAAAAUGUAAGGGCAACGUGGCCCUGCACAUGAGUAAUGAAACCCACGACGGACCGCUUAUGGACUUUGAGGCUAGAAGACCGCCCAGUGAGACUACAAGGGCCAUCAGAGAUUUUAUUAUAGCUUGCUUUAAGGAUUAA